AUGGUGGACGCCGACAUGGACCAGUUCGCACAAACUCGCGGCGGGGACGACCUAUUCGACGACGAGAUCAUUCCGGUCCCCGCAGAACAACAACACAAGCAGACCGAAGUUAUUGCCCGCGAACCGGAGCCUGAAGGACAGGAGGUACAUGUUUCUGAAGCUGUAACUACCGGAAAGACUACCUCGCGUGGAGACACUCCGCAGCGGGGCCGUGGCGGAGAAAGAGGCCGGGGGCGACGGAACCGGGGCAAAGGGGGACGUGGAGGUCGGGAACCAGACCAGAAGCCGCCCGCAAGAUCUUCGCGCAAGAAGAAAGAAGCAAGUGUGCCUGCUGCUGAUGCGCGCGAUGCCAGUCCCAAGCCCGAUGGGACUGAGGAAUCCAAAGAGCAGCUCCCCGUGGAGGAUGUCAACGGCGAAGAGGCGGCAAUUGGCGCCGAUGCUCAACGUGUGCCUGCUGUGCGAGGAGACCGAAGUGCCACUGGGGGUUUGAGAAAGCCCAAACUCACUGAAGAAGAACUAUCUAAGCGCAUAGCCGCUGCAAAGGAAAACGCCGUCAAGAAGGCUGCUGCCCAUGCUCGUGCUGAAGCAGACCAUGCAUCGUUCGUGGAGCGCGAGCAGGAAGCAGCUAAGAAACGUCGCGAGGAGCUCGCGCAUCGCCGCGUGAUGGAUAACGAACGCGAGCAGAAUAGACAACGCAAACUGAAGGCCCAGACGGGCCGUGAAUGGGACUCGCAAAAACGCGAGGAAGAUUAUAAUCCACGGGGCGGUGGUAGCCAAUUCCGACGUGGUAUGCAUGGUGGUGUUUCCGGCCAUGCACGACAGGACUUUGAAGGAAGCCGUGUGGAAGGCGCUGCUGAUAAUGCUGGGGGUCAGCGAGGCCGUGGACGGGGUGGACGAGGAGGACGAAGUCGGGGUUCACCACACGCUGCACCGGCCGAACGGUCCGCGAAUAGUAAGGGCUUGUCCGGCAGCAUGUGGGCGGAUAGCCCUGCUCAGCCGGUUGUGGAUGACAAGGAUGAAUUCCCUGCUCUCCCCGAAGGUCCGAAACAGGCUAACAGUAAGUCUGAGACUAAGCUCGACACCAAGAAUGACGCCAAGCUUGAAGUACAACCCGCGCCAGAACCGUCGAAGCCUCUGACAUCUUUGGAGAAACUUGACUCGACUUUCUCGCCUAUCACAGGUAGUUGGGCGGACCAGUUUGACGAUGAAUGA